UAAAGUUUUUAUACGUACAUACAAAAACCUCUGCGCAAAAGUUGUGCGAACAUGACACAGCGUGACGCAAGGCCAGAACAGGGACCGAUUUACAUGUGAAAACUUGACUUGCACAAUUUUUCUAAACGAAAACAAAACGUCAUCUUUCUAACCAUAAUCGUGAUCUCUGCAUACAAUAAUGGCAAUCGAUCAGUGACAGAUGCACGAAGUGACUUGGUGGAUUGUACAAACCAGACAAAUUCUACAAAUGCAAACAAGCAGAUGAGUUUGUAAAGCACUAUUUAUUAAUUUCAGGAUAGGUACCCGACCUUCCGUUUGUUUACGUCUGCAGUGCAGACCUUGUUUUCAAAGGACAUCGUUGUUUAUGAACGCAUAUAAACAUGCACAUGAGCUGCAAGUCAAAUGCGUUUGAAUCUACGCGCUGAGCAUUUCCAUAUUUAGACUUAGGCGUCGGUGGAUGAAACUCCUCUCUGGAGAAACAUCAGCAGAAUAUCUACUGCCGCAGCGUCACUGAUCACAGAACAGCAGAUAUGACAUCGCCGGAGCAGAUUAUAGAGAUUGUCACGGAUGACAAAACGUUUAAUGUGAGUAAAAGCAAACUGAUCGAGAAGAGCGAUUACUUCCGCGCGCUGUACAGCUCAGGCAUGCGCGAGUCCGCGGAGGAUUCGGUGCAGCUACAGGGACUGAGCGGACCGGGACUCGAGCUCGUGCUGGAGUUCAUCAACACCUCCAAAGUUCAGGUGACCAACGAAACACUGGAGGACCUCAUCGAAACAGCAUCGUUUCUGCAAGUCACGUCGAUUUUAAAACUGCUCCUGUUGGAAAUCAGACAAGACAACUGCGUGGACCUCUUCAAACUCUCGGAACUGUACGGGACGCAUGAUUUGAGAAAUGCGUGCUUAAAAUUCAUGUGCUGCUAUUACCAUCCGAUACUGCGCAGGCCAGAGUUUUGGAUGUUGCCAGCUCCUCUCCGGGAUCAAAUCAGAGACAUGCGCAUGAAAGGCACGGCCACUUUAGUUGCAUUAGGGGACUUCACUUAUACCUGUCUAGAUCUGGCCAAUCAGGAUGAACCGUGGUCCAUGUUGAGGUAUGAUGAACUAGAGCAACGCUGGAAACCUCUGGCCAACAGUCUUCCUCCAGACAUGACCAAUGUCAGAGGUUAUGGAUCUGCUGUUCUGGACAACUACCUGUUCGUUGUUGGUGGGUACAGAAUGGCAAGUCAAGAGAUAUCUGUUGCCCAUUGCUACAACCCCUGCAAGAAUGAGUGGAAUAAUGUGGCACCCUUGAACCAGAAGAGAUCCAACUUCAAGCUCUUGGCCGUAAGUGGAAAACUGUAUGCGGUUGGAGGCCAUUGUCUGGGUACAGUGGAGUGCUACAGUCCAGAGCAGGACUGUUGGACAUGUGUGGCCUCUCUGCCUGACCCUCUGGCUGAAUUCUCUGCCUGUGAGUGCCAGGGCAUGAUCUACGUCAUGGGUGGUUAUACCUCCAGAGAUAGGAACACCAGCUUGCUGCGCUACUGCCCUGCUUCGGACACAUGGUCUGUCUACCAUUCCUGCUCGGCCCAUGUGCGCAAACAGCAGAUGCUCUCAGUGGAGGACACUAUCUUUCUGGUGGGUGGCUACACGCAUAAGCUAGAUCCUGCCGAAAUGGGUCGGCAGAGGACGAACCAGACAGAGGACAUGCUGACCAUACAGUCCUACAAUGUACAGACGGGUGAAUGGUUGCAACUGAAGAAGAAAACAUCCAAGUCAGGCCUGAACCUUACCUGCACAUUGCACAAUGAUGGCAUCUACAUCACGAGCAGAGACGUCAUCAUGCCCACCAGUAUAGAGCAUCGUGUCUUCCUCAAAUACAACAUCUUCUCAGAUGCCUGGGAGGGUUUUAGACGUUUCCCCACCUUGGGACAGAACAUGCUGCUUUGCUCUCUCUACCUGCCCAAUGUUCUAUGAGCUGAGCUGAGCUCAUACUCGCCAUCUGGUGAAGACUGCAGACUGCUGGAAACACAGAUUCUUCUGUCAGAAUGACCAGCCAGCACAAAGAGGCUCACAGCAGCAGACAUUAAAUGAGUACUCAAAAAUAAAGGUCAACAUCUUGACCUUGAUCAGUGAAAUAAUUUGAUAAAGAAGGCCUCAAUAAUUAGUUAUUAGGUACCACUGUAUUCAAAAGCAGUUUUAGCAUAUUUUUAACUUACAUUGGAGAGAUAGAACACAGAGAGUUGCACCAAACAUUUACAACCUGCACCGGAUAUAUUAAUGGCAAUGUGUGUACAGAACCUAAAUGAUAACUAACAUGAAUAUACUUCAUAUUGCUGUAUAUCAUUGCAGAUGCAUGAGUGACGGCUGGCAGCAAAGGGAUUUAUAGGGCUGGCAAAAGGGCAUCAAAAGUGAAACGAGAACACUAUAAAACAGCUACUUAAGCUAAAUAAACAACUUCAAGGAAUAGCACACCCACAAUUGGUAAUUCUCUCAUUUACUCGCCCUUAUGCCAUCCCAGAUGUUUGACUUUCUUUCAUCUGCUGAACACAAAUGAAGAUUUUUAGAACAGUAUUUCAGCUCUGUUGGUACAUACAAUGCAAGUGAAUAGUGAUCAGAACUUUGAAGCUUCAAAAAGCACAAAGUCGGCAUAAAAGUAAUUUAUAUGACACCAGUGGUUUAAUCAAUGUCUUCAGAAGCGCUAUGAUGGGUGUGGGUAAGAAACAAAUCAAUAUUUAUGUCCUUUUUUACUAUAAAUGUACACUUUCACCAGCCCUUUUCUGUGCAUUCGCAAGAGGACCGAGUUUUUCUUCCUCUGUUUUUAGUGAUUUGCAUUUUUCGUGUGUAUCGCCACCUACUGGGCAGGGAGAAGAAAGACAAAAAAAGCAGGGAUAAAGCACAGGAAAAUAAUAAAUGCAUCACAAAGAAUGCAAAUCACAAAAAACAAAAGAAGAACUCUUAGGAGAGAAGAGAGCACUUAGGAGGGCUGAUGAAAGUGGACAUUUAUCGUAAACAAAAUUACAUAAAUGUUGAUCUGUUUCUCACCCACACCUAUCAUUUCGUUGCUUAAGCCGCAUAAAGUUAUCAAUUUAUGAUAACUUUAUGCGCUUUUUAUAGAUUCAACAUUCUGGUCACCAUUCACUUCAAUUGUGAGGACCAACAGAGCUGAGAUAUUUUUCUAAAAAUGUUUGUGUUCAGCAGAACAAACAUAGUCAUACACAUCUGGGAUAGCAUGAGGGUGAGUAAAUGAUGAGAGAAUUUUCAUUUUUGGGUGAACUGUCCUUUUAAUGUGAAGGCUUUACAGGUAAUUAAGGCCCCAAAUGAGACAUUAAAGGGAUAGUGUGCUCAAAAAAUUAAUAUUCUCGCCCAGAUGCUGUUUCAAUCCUGAAUGUCUUCCUUUCUUCUGUGGAACACAAAAGAAGAUAAAAGGCAGAAUGUUAAGGACUAAAAGCCUCAGUCCCAAUUUACCUUCAUAUUAUGGGAAAGAGCAGUGGCAACUUUCUUCAAAAAUUCUCCUCUUCCACAGAAGGAAGAAAGUCAUUCAGGUUUGGACUGGAUUUUCAUUUUUGGGUGAACUAUCCCUUUAUUGUCAAGUGUGCAAAAGUAAAUUGCACCAUUUGUGCAGCACAUUUCAAGACACUUCCCCAGAUAUAUUCGGGAUGACA